AGACUUAGUGAGUUAUUGAGGAAAUCUGCUGAGCACACACUGGUAGACAUGGUGCAGCUGCUGUUCUCAAGGUUACCUCAGUUUAAAGAAGAAGCCAAGAGUUUUGUGGGAGCCAGCAUGAAGAAGCUUAAAAUGAGAGCAGGAGGAAUGAGUGAUUCGUCAAAGUGGAAAAAGCAGAAGAAAUCUCCACGACCGUCUCGUCAUGCAAGUGAAACACCCUUCCUAGAACAUUCAGUUGUACCAACAAGCAGUGCAAGUUCCAUUUCAACUGUUAUUUCUGAAAAUCCGUCAACUGUCUCGAGCCCUACCACGGACAGCGGUAUGGAACUUUCUUCAAAGACAACAUCAAAAGAAGAUCUUACAGAUCUUGACCAGGUCAAUACUACAGGUAUCACGCCAGUAAAUACUCCUUCCACUGAGCCUGGUGAAGAGAAAAUGUUAGAACUGCAAAUCCAGCAAGAAUCGCAGAAGAGUGGAAGAGUAGAAGGCUUUUUGCCUAAGGAAGAAAAGGCUCAAUCAAUGUCAGUGGAAUCUAUUCCAGAAGUAUUUGAAGAUCGCGACUCCCUCACGGAAAUGUCCGAUACUGCUUCAAUCCAUGAAGUACAUGAUAUGGACUAUGUUAACCCUCGUGGAGUUAGGUUUACACAGUCAACACAAAAGGAAGGUGCAGCUCUGGUUCCAUAUGGCUUGCCUUGUAUACGGGAGCUGUUUCGUUUCCUUAUCUCCCUUACCAAUCCACAUGACCGUCACAACUCUGAUGUGAUGAUUCAUAUGGGUUUACAGUUACUUACUAUAGCACUGGAAUCAACCCACAUCGCCAACUAUACUUCGUUGCUUGGUCUUGUUAAAGAUGAACUCUGUCGGCACCUGUUUCAGCUUUUAACUGUGGAACGUCUUAAUUUGUAUGCCACUUCUCUCCGACUGUGCUUCCUUUUAUUUGAAAGUAUGCGGGAACAUCUUAAAUUUCAACUUGAGAUGUAUUUGAAAAAGCUGAUGGAACUGGUCACCUCAGAGAAUCCAAAAAUGCCAUAUGAGAUGAAAGAAGUGGCUUUGGAGGCACUCGUUCAACUGUGGCGAAUCCCAAGCUUUGCCACAGAAUUGUAUAUCAACUUUGAUUGCGAUUUCUAUUGUUGUAAUCUGUUUGAAGAUCUUACCAAGCUACUUUCCAAGAAUGCUUUUCCUGUAUCUGGACAGCUGUACACCACUCACUUGCUGUCACUUGAGGCUUUAUUAACAGUUAUUGACAGUACCGAGGCUCAUUGUCAAGCCCAGGUUCUCAAUAACACUCUACAGCUGGACAAAAGAGAUGGGAGCACUCUGACAUUGGAAAUGAGUGAUAAAGACAUUCCAAAUG